CACAUGCAGCAGAUGCUGCACAUGCAGCUCCUGCUGCACGAAAGCUGUUCCAGACCACCCGCAUGUACACACACACACACACAUGAAGAUAUUGAAGCAGAUCAUGCACAUCACACAUUAACUCACACACACACACACACACACACACACACACACACACAUAAUGCUGUCUCUUAUACACAUCUAGAUGUGUAUAAGAGACAGUCCCCCUCCUCCUCCUCCUGCUGUGUCUUCUCCUCCACUUCUUCCAACUCUCCCUUGUCCCACUGAUCAUCAUCAGCACCAUUCUCAAGGAACUCCUGAUCAACGUCAUCAUUUGCACCGCCUGCCGGUGUCGGGAUCUCAGACCGGGAUCACUGGACGAUCGGGGCAAGAGGAUAGCAGCGUCGGAGAUUGCCCUCAGGUGUUCCAUCUGGCGGUCAUCCGAGACGUCUUUGGCUGGCUCCAGGACCAAUUGAGUGUGCUUUGCCACGUGGCGUCGGGAUCCAGAUCCAGCUCAGCCUCCUCGAUGGUCCUGGAUUUGUGGAAGUUUUUGAUCACGCAUGCGGCUGUGUCAUGCCUCCGCUGUAAUCCCUCCCAGGCUGUGAUGGGUCCCACUCCUCCUCCUCCUCCUCCUCCUCCGCAGCAGCAGGAGCAGGAGCAGCAGAGGACACGUGGCAGCGGUGAAAAAGAAGCGGGAACGAGUGGCCCUUGUUGUAUGUCUGGAUCCCGUCUUGAGAGUGAGACCGCUGCUGGAGACAGCCGAGACGGCGGUGGCGGCGCCAUUACCACCCCCAAAGUGCCGCAUGGCGGGAAGGCGGGGGAGUGGAUGGCUGACGGCGCGCGGGAGGGGGAACCGGCGGAAAGUGAUUCCGAACUUUCCUUGAGCAUUCUCCAGAAAGUUCUUGAUUCAAUCGCGGAGAAGGCGCAGGAGAAGGAAAAUUGGAAAAGCACACUCACAGACAAACCAGAGCAAGCUUCGAAGCGAUAUGCAGUUCAUGAGCUUAUUUCUCAAAUGGCAGAGCAAGAAAGGAGCAGGCGACCUCGAUUACAACGCUUGCCAGACAGUGAUGUGCUUAUUGAACGGGCUUCUGCUCAG